AUGCCGCGCGUUCUCGUGGAAUCGGUCGAACAUUUGGCCACUGCCCCCGCAGUAGGGGGUCCUCCGGCGCCCCCGCCGCAGUCUGCAGCCUCACCACCGCCGCCGGCACCGUCGCCGCCUCCGCCGCCCACACCGCCACCUAGGUCGUCGCCCCCGUCCUCUCCACCUCCUGCGUCUUCCGGCAAUAAUCAGAGUCCGAAUUUGCCUCCGGGGUCGCCUCCGCGGGAGAAGUCUCCUGCAUCGUCCCCACCUCCUCCGGCUUCGCCUCCGCCCUCAACUCCGCCGGCAAGCCGGUCACCACCACCGUCUUCUCCCCCGCCGUCGCCGCCUUUGCAACAGUCUUCGCCGCCACCAGCGCAAUCGACGCCACCGUCGCCUGGUGUAUCAACUCGGCCAUCGCCAGGGGCAACGACAUCGCCGUCGCAGCAAUCACCUCCGAAAGCGACAACCUCACCACCGGCGUCGCCACCACCAUCGCAACCAAAGAACCCCGCACCAGCCACCCCAGCCCCUUCACCUCCCCUCAAUGCGGAGUCGGCCACGAAACCUCCCGCCGGUGCAGGAACAUCACCCCCACCGCUUGAAACGCCUGGGACGCCCACGUCGGUACCGGCCGCAGCAGGCCAGGUGCCGGCAGCUCCAGGAACACCUUCAUCUUCCUCACUGUUGCCGCCUUCGGGCAUUAUGCCGGCCUCCGGGCGUCCUCCUGGCUCGUGGCAGAGCCCUCCCGGUCCGGCCGUCGCGAGGGCGAGCCCACCGUCUCUGGCACCUCCGGCGAGAGCCUUGGGUGAGAACCUGCCGAUCGGGGUGAUUGUUGGGGUCGCCGUGGCCGGGUUCCUCAUGGCAUUGGCGUCGCUUUUCAUUGUGGCGUGCCUCAGCGACCGGGGGAAGAAGCAGCGUCCACCCAUGCGCAAGAGAGGAACCAUGGUCGUUCCGGCACGUGCGCCGGACUCAUAUCCUCCGUCCAACGGGCCGGCAGCGUCGCCGAGCGACACGAACUCGUACGAGUUCACCGGGUACAAAUCGUGCUUCACGUACGACGAGCUGGUGGGGAUCACGGGCGGGUUCUCGGCGCAGAACGUGAUCGGCGAAGGCGGGUUCGGGAAGGUGUACAUGGGCUCGCUGGGCGACGGGCGGCGCGUGGCGGUGAAGCAGCUCAAGGUGGGAGGCGGGCAGGGGGAGAAGGAGUUCCGCGCCGAGGUGGACAUCAUCAGCCGCAUCCACCACCGCCACCUGGUGACGCUGGUCGGGUACUGCGUCACUGAGAACCACCGCCUCCUCGUCUACGAGUUCGUCUCCAACGACACGCUCGAGCACCACCUGCACGGAGAAGGGCUUCCGGUGAUGGACUGGCCGAAGCGGAUGAAGAUUGCGAUCGGAUCAGCCCGUGGAUUGACCUACUUGCACGAAGACUGCCAUCCUAGGAUCAUACAUCGGGAUAUCAAGUCAGCCAACAUUCUUCUGGACAAGGCCUUCGAGGCAAAGGUUGCAGAUUUCGGUGUUGCUAAGCUUACCAACGAUUCUAUGACUCAUGUCUCCACGCGCGUCAUGGGCACAUUCGGGUACAUGGCGCCGGAGUACGCAUCAAGCGGGAAGCUGACGGACAGAUCCGACGUCUUUUCGUUUGGGGUGGUGCUCUUGGAGCUUAUCACCGGGCGGAAACCUGUAGAUUCGUCUCAACCCCUAGGAGAAGAAAGCUUAGUUGAAUGGGCUCGGCCUCUCCUGGUGGAUGCGCUGGAGACGGACGACUUCAGGGAAAUCGCCGACCCUUCCCUAGAGUGCAGGUACUCCAAGAUCGAGAUGCGGAGGAUGGUGGAGGCGGCCGCCGCUUGCAUUCGCCACUCCGUCACCAAGAGACCGAGGAUGGUGCAGGUGUGGCGAUCGCUGGACGUGGACGGCGGCUCGACGGACCUGACCAACGGCGUCAAGCUCGGGCACAGCACCGCGUACGACUCAGGGCAGUACUCGGCGGACAUCGAGCUCUUCCGGCGGAUGGGGUUCGAGGACGACCUCGACACAGCCGAGUACGGCUUGUCCGACGAGGGCGAGCCGGGGCCUGGUUCCGGGAGGCAAAGGCAACAACGGACAGCAGCUGGACGGUGAGACCCCAUCAAAUCAACCAACUCGGAUCGCCGGCCGGCCGGUUAAAUCCUCCUACAACGCUGCAUCGAACGCCAUAGCACGACGACGGCGGAUUACGGAAGGCGGAGCAGAAGCUGGCGUGAUCAAGCGUGCCCUAUGGCGGAUUACGGAAGGCGGAGCAGAAGCUGGCGUGAUCAAGCGUGCCCUAUGGCGGAUUACGGAAGGCGGAGCAGAAGCUGGCGUGAUCAAGCGUGCCGCGCUGCGCGCGAGCGCUUCAUCUUGGGGACAGGUUGCUAAGCUUUGGUGUUUGUGUUGUUGUGUGCGCCUGUACCUAUCGCCUCUAAUAGAACAAAGCUUGGCAUUUGCG